GCCACUUCGCCAUGUCCACCUCCGCCCCCGCAGCGCAAGAUGAUGUUCUCCGGCCGGCUUCUCCUCCUCCUCCUCAUCCUUCAGAGUCCUGCGGCGAGCUCGUGGAGCCACCGGUCUUGGACCUCACGCAGGCCGUCCCCUUCUCCUCCGGAAACCCUAGGAUCGAGGAGACCCGAGGAAUCAUGUACCUCUACCCCGAAGACGCCACCUCUUCAUCCAUUCUUCCUGUGGGAAGGAAGCCUCUUGUUUGUGUCAUUGCGGUGCCGAACCACAUGACAUAUGCUGAUUUCUGCCAGUUCUGUGGUGCCUUCAUUCAGCGCAUGUUUGAUAUGCGAAUUGUUAGAACUAAUGGUGUGGAGGAUCAGUAUAGCGUGAUUAUAAGGUUUGAUGAUCAAACGUCUGCAGAUGAAUUCUAUCAACACUUCAAUGGGAGGAGUUUUUCGUCUCUCGAGGGUGAUAUAUGUUCUGUCCAUUACACCGUCGAUGUACAGUACACAGGAUCCAUAGAACAUGCACAAAGUUCGUUGACAAGCUCAGCCGAACUGCCUACUUGCCCAGUUUGUCUUGAGAGAUUAGACCAAGAUACUGGUGGCAUACUUACAACAAUUUGCAAUCAUACUUUUCACUGUUCAUGCAUAUCAAAAUGGACAGAUUCUUCUUGUCCGGUUUGCAGAUAUUGCCAGCAACAACCUGAAAAAUCAACAUGUUCUGUUUGUGGGACUUCUGAAAAUGUUUGGAUAUGCCUUAUAUGUGGUUUUGUUGGCUGUGGAAGUUACAAGGAGGGUCAUGCUAUCAAUCAUUGGAAAGAAACACAACACUGCUAUUCACUUGAAUUGGAAACUCAGCGUGUAUGGGAUUAUAUUGGGGACAACUAUGUGCAUCGGCUAAUUCAAUCAAAAACUGAUGGGAAGUUGGUUGAGUUGAAUUUUCACUGUGCUUAUGCUGAUGAUAAGCAUGGAAGUUGUGAAUGUAGUGAGGAAUCUGGUUUUAAUGAGGCUCUUCUGAACAGUAAACUCGAAGCUAUUAUUGAAGAGUACAAUGACCUACUCACAUCUCAACUAGAUAAUCAAAGAAAACAUUAUGAAUCCGUGCUGCUGGAGAUCAAGGAAGAGACAGAGGAGAAAAUAUCUGAGUCUGUUGAAAAGGCUAUUGGUUUGAAACUUCACAAGUUACAAAUGAAGCUUGACAAAUGCAUUGAAGAGAAAAGGUUUUUUGAAGAUAUUAAUGAAAACCUUAUGAAAAAUCAAGAGAUGUGGAAAGCAAAGCUUCAGCAAUUGGAAGAAAGGGAGCAAGCUGCAAUGAAUCUGAGAGAUGAGAAAAUACAAGGCUUGGAGGAACAGCUGGGAUAUCUAAUAAGGCACAUAGAGACUCAGAAGGUGAUAGAUGAGCCUCCAGAUGGCUCUGUUGCAAGUGAGAUAAAAGGUGGGACUAUAAUUCCUGUCCAGUCUGCAUCCUCUUCUAGCGGCAGCAACAAACAAGGAAGAAGGAAUCGAAGAAGGAACUAACAGUAUUGUUGACAAAGACGAGAAGGUAAUCUGACAUCAUCAUACACAUCCCAACCAGUUUUUUUUUUUUUUGAAAUGAUUAGGAGCAAUACCAAACUAACUUUUGUUGUACAUUGGAUGAGGCAAAUUGAAGACUAUAGAAGCCUAAGAACCAUUAAUGUCAAUAUAUGUAAAUAGGAAAAUCAAGCUAUUUUCUAUACUAUAGUAGCUUUGGAGAAGGUUGUAUUGAUAAGAGCCAUCCAGCAAAUCAGAAGGUUGUAUCACGUAGUAUAUAUGAAGUUUGUCUUGGCUUGCAUUGGAUCCAGUAAAAAA